AUGGUAUCAAAUGGUACUACCAUGGUUACCAUAGAAGUGGUGGACAGCCUGGAAGGUUCGGAGCCAGAGAAGGGAAUACGCAAAGAAAACAAGCCUGGCUGGGCGGCUCCUAACUGGAGGAACUGGUGGCAGCGUUCGUCUUCCUCGUCCUCAUCAUCAUCCUCCGUGUCCACCCCGAAGGGUCCUGACGAACAUGAUUACCCCUACGAGAGCAACACGGAGGACAGCAACUUCCUUAAACCGCUUGGAGACUGGGAGCGAAGAGGGUCUGCUGGCACAGGAAGCAGAUCCCAGACCGAAUACGACUACAUAGAUGGUGACGGUGACUGGAGUGGUUGGUCGCCAUGCAGCGUAUCCUGUGGAAAUGGCAACCAGAAGCGGACCAGGUCAUGCGGCUACGCCUGCACAGCCACAGAGUCACGCACAUGUGACAUGCCCAGCUGUCCAGGGAUUGAAGAUGCUUUCAAGACGGCAGCAACAGAAGUCAGUCUUCUCGCCGGCACUGAAGAGUUUAAUGCAACAGAACUCUUUGGAGUUGACACAGACAGCUGCGAGCGUUGGAUGAACUGCAAGAGCGAGUUCCUCAAGAAAUACAUGAGCAAAGUGGCCAACGACCUACCUAGCUGCCCCUGCUUAUACCCAACCGAGGUGGCCUACAGCACUGCAGACGUUCAUGACGCCACCACAAGGCGCAACUUCCGCUGGAAGGACGCCAGCGGACCAAAGGAGAAGCUGGAGAUCUACAAACCCACCGCUCGCUAUUGCAUCCGCUCCAUGCUCACGCUGGAAUCCACCACGCUGGCGGCCCAGCACUGCUGCUACGACGACAGCAUGAAGCUCAUCACCCGAGGCAAAGGGGCCGGAACGCCCAACCUCAUCAGCACCGAGUUCUCCGCCGACCUGCACUACAAAGUGGACAUCCUACCAUGGAUCAUCUGCAAGGGCGACUGGAGCCGCUACAACCAGGCUCGACCUCCCAAUAACGGACAGAAAUGUGCAGAGAACCCUCAGGAUGAGGACUACUAUAAACAGUUUGAGGAGGCCAGAGAGUUCUGAGCUGAGAUGAUGCUAUGAACCUUCUAAAACAGAAGCAGAACUCGUUUCGAAAACUGGCUGUGUGUUUGAACAGGACUUGCUAUGAACAUCUUCAUAUGGUUUCCCUCAGAACCUCUGGUUGGAGUGUUUUCAUGGAAAGAAUAAUAUCGUGGUUCUCUUUGUAUUGUUGAUCUGUAUUACUUGGGCUAUCAGAUUUUUUUAUAAGGAGUAAAAGGGAAAACUAAAGGGAAGUCAUAUCAGGAAUCACCCCACCAAUGAUCAGCUGACAGCGAGAGUUUCAUGUGUUUUUGCAUGCUUGUAUUAUGGCCAACAUGCAGUUGGAAACCCUCACCUCAGGAUUCUUGGACGGAUAUAAGAGUAUCGGAUACAAUAUUCAGGUUUCUGUGUAAACAUGCAUAUAUUUGUCUAGUUGGAUGAACAGAAUUCCUAUAUUAUGUCCUGUUGUAUCACUUAUCCUUUUUUGCUAAAAACAAAACAGUCCUGCAUAAUCUUUGCAAAGUAUUUAUUGAGUCAUAGUCAUGUGUUGAUGGUAGGGGUUUGUGCAUAUAGAUGUAUGGACACAUUUUGAGUGCUAAAUAAAUAGUCCAUGUCACAUUAAAUGUCAAUUGUUGCUGACUCUCAGUGUGUUAAAUUCACAGGAGAUGAUUCCAUAGGAUCUGUUGAGGUCAAAGAGUCUUUCACCUUGUAUCACAGUCAAAUAAGAUCCAUCCUCAGAUAUUAAACACUUUAAGCCAU